AUGGAGCAAGUAGCUAGGACAGCACAAGAAAUUUUCGACUACCCCAGGGCCGUAGGAUUUAUGGAUGGAAAGCAUAUAAUUCUUCAGAAGUCUGCUCGCUGGGGCAGCGCUUAUUGGAACUAUAAGCACUACCACUCCAUUAUCCUCUUAGCCAUACGUAACUGUGACAAUCGCAUCAUAGCUUACGAUAUAGGUGCCCCUGGCCGUGCUGAUAAUGCAGGGGUUUUCCGCUCAUCUGUCAUCAAGGGAUACCUGAAUCGUCAUGACAAGAUUUUCCCUCUUACGGCCGACCUCGGCGAAGUAGGCCCCGUCCAGUUUCAUUUCUCGUGA